CAUAAAAUAUCCCCGUGCGCCUUACCGCAUAGGAAUAAAUCAUUUUGAUCACAUAGACAAAAUGCAAAAGAACCAAAAGAAGUCUGGUUUCUGUUUUGUCUAAAUUAUUUCUCUCUGGCGAAAAAGCUAAAGAGGUUUCGGUUACGGUCUCGGUCUCCGAUCAUAUCACGAAACUUCUUUGUCGGUAAUUCUCAGUGAUAAAAUACUGUGUGAGAUAUUUUCUUUACGAGAGAGACUUGUCGCCGUCGGAAACUAAAGCUAUUAGAGUUAGAGAGAUAUCGGAAACUUUGUUCUCCGCCAGCUGAGUUUUGUGUCGGAAUUAGUAAGAUUUCGAUUUUAGAAUUUGGGAGAUUUUUCAAUUAUGGGUUCUGAGCAAAACGACGGCACAAGCAGCUUCUGUCCUUCAGAGCCAAAGCUCUGCGUCAAUGGCUGUGGCUUCUUCGGAAGUCCAUCGAACAUGAACCUCUGUUCCAAAUGCUACAGAGACAUCCUAACCAAGGAGGAGCAAGCCGCUUCUGCUAAAGCCGCCGUCGAGAAAUCUCUAAACCCUAAUAAACCCAAAAUCCAACUGCAACAGAUCACUCCCGGCGUUGUUGUCGAAUCCGGUUCGUCAACGAGCAGCGGCGAAGCAGCUCCCGUGGAUCCGCCGAAACCGACGGCGACGAGAUGCUUGAGCUGUAACAAGAAAGUGGGCGUGACGGGUUUCAAGUGUAAGUGUGGGAGCACUUUCUGUGGUGCUCAUAGAUAUCCAGAGAGCCAUGACUGUGAAUUCGAUUUCAAAGGAGUGGCUAGAGAAGCUAUUGCUAAGGCUAAUCCUGUCGUCAAGGCUGAUAAGGUUGAGAGGAUAUGAUUUGGUAAUAAUAACCAAAGAAGAAACUGGUGUCUGUUGUCUUUGUUUUUAAUAUGUCUCGUGAUGUUGGUUGCUUUGGCUCUUUUUUUAAAUUUCGUCUGCUUGCUCUUGUUAUGGUUUGAUUUGCUCUCUAGGGUUUCUUAGGAAUUUAGGUUAUGCUAUUUAUGUGAUUUUCAUGAUUUGGAACGCUGGAUUUGUUGUUCUGUAAUAAAAGUGUUGGUUAUAUUA